AUGUCAAAUAAAACGCAACAAAGGCAAAAUUGGAGAAUACGAGUAUUAGAAAGAUUAAACGAAACCAGAGAUAUAUUUUCGACAAAUUUGCCUACAGAAGAACUCGAAAAGCUAUAUAAAGAAGCGGAUAAAUAUAAUGAAUCAAAACAAAUUGAAAUUUUUCAACAUAUGAAUGAUAAUGUAGUUUUAGAAGGAAAAGAGCUUCCAGAAUCAUCAAAUCAACCCAAACCAACAGUUUUAUUUAAAUUCGAAAAUUCAUUUCUUCAAUAUAUUGAAACAAGUACAAUACCAUAUCAUUUACAAGUAGUAGUUCCUGCUGCAACAGCAACUUCUUACUUAAAUAAUGCGCAAACACUCGAACUUAAUACAUGGUUUCGAUCAUUGACGCUCAUUGCUUUACAACAAGAUUUUGGUCUUGUAUUCUUUGAAUAUUCUACAGGUUCCUUCCCUUUAAUCGUUGAUAUUUUUCCAAUACCUUCAAAUGUCAAUGAUGGGACAUUAAAAGCACAAUGGAAAGCUGCAUUUGAAGAUGAUGGAUCAGAUUUUGAUAAUAACGGGUUUAGAAUCUUAAAAACACAUAUACAUAAGGGAGAAUUUCCUCAAAAAUGUCCAUAUAUAGCGGUAACUUUUGACAAUUCUAUAGGAUUCGGUAAGUAUUUCCAAGGUGGAUUUGAUCCAACAACACUUGCAAUUGAAGUAAUUCAAGCAAUUUGGCUUGAUUCAAAAAUAGAUCCAGACGAACAUCUAAUAGAUGCAAUUAGAGAAUAUAAGCAAUGGCCAAAAUGA